AUGGCGUCAGACGAGGCUCAGAUUGCUGCGAGUGUGCAGGCUCGAGCUGCGCAAGUGCAGGGGCUACUGGCUCAGCGGAAGCACGAGGAGGCCGUGCGUGCAGCACUGGAAGAUCCGCCUCUGCAGUCGAAGAACAACGCUGUGAAGGACGAGAACGCCAAGGUCGUGAUGGCUGCUCUGGUGGCGUGUAACAAGGGCGAGAUGCAGCGCACGAUCGACUCGCUUAGCGUGGCUCUGGAGGACAAUCUGAUGAAGUUUCUCAUGCGGUUUCUGGGCAUCGCGUCGCAGAGUGCGACGAUGCUUGAGUGGCACCAGAAGCUCGUGGCCAAGGCUGGCUCGGGCUGCGUGAUGCGCGCGUUUACGGAGCGGAAGCAGGUGUGA